AUGACGCAGAAAAGGCGAAACAGUGGAAGAUCUAAGCAUGGUCGCGGCCAUGUCCGUUAUGUACGGUGUACCAACUGUGCUCGCUGUGUGCCCAAGGACAAGUGUAUCAAGAAGAACGUCAUCCGCAACAUAGUUGAAGCGGCGGCCAUCCGGGAUCUGAACGAAGCGUCUGUGUACGACAACUACAUGCCUCCCAAGAUUUACGCCAAGUUGGUGUACUGUGUCAGCUGCGCCAUCCACUCCAAGAUCGUUCGGAACCGUUCCAAGGAGGCCCGCAAGGACCGCAGUCCGCCUCCUCGCUUCAGGCCACGGCCAGAUGAUGCUAGACCAGCUGGUGGCCAGGCGGGAGGGCAGACCGGAGGGCAGACAGGAGGAGCUGGGGCGCCCAGGACACAACCCACCGCAGCCACUGGAGUACCAGCUUCAUAGUAGUGCAGAUGGACAGCAUUUUCCAUGCAUGCUAUGGUUUACUGUUAUGGUGAAUAAUAAUACUACUGUGUGCUUUUAGCAGAGACUUAUUCUCUGAC